AUGGGAGCCCUGGAGACCGCAGUCUUGGCCUUGGUGGUGGCUGCAGCUGCACAGCAAACCACGGCACCCAACAGCUCAAACCACAGCUCAGCUGGGAGUCCCGCAUCUGCUCAGAAUGACACGACUACUACAGCUGCAGAUCAGAUGACAUCAUCACUCCACCCAGUGGUGAUCCGGGGGAAUCUGCUCUAUGAUUCUGUGACCGGACAUCGCUUCUUUGCCAAGGGCGUCGCGUACAACCCCAGGAAUGGUAACUACGGACAGGUCCUUGGCACGCACAAGGCCGAAUGUAUCCCAGGUCAGCCCAAGUUCCCGCCACUUCCAUAUUUUGCAGAUCCGGCAGCGGACGACAUGGAGGAACAGUUCAAAGACUACUUGCCCCUGAUUGCGAACCUCGGGGCGAAUGUCGUCCGUCUCUACAACAUUGACCCGGAGAAGUCCCACCGAAAGUUCAUGGAACAGGCUGCUUCACUGGGCCUCUAUGUCAUGGUCCCACUGACCCGUGGCGAUUGGGGCUUCCUUCCAGCGUUGCCCUCCCCGCAGUGCUACUUCGAGGAUCUUCCGGACUAUGGCCAUGUUGGACUGAACUUGCUCACCUCGGCGAAGCUUAUAGUGGACCAGUUCAGCCAAUACGAGAAUACAUUCAUGUUUGUGGUUGGCAACGAGAUCGACCAUCUGGACCGACAAGGCUUUGCAGCCUAUCCUUGUGUGAAAGCUCUGACUCGGGAUAUCCACCGAUAUCAGAAAGCCGAAGGAUACCGCCGUGUUCCGUUGAUCUACUCCAACAAGGACCAAGGUGGACAAGACCGCCUCGAGAUCGGGGAGUACUUGGCCUGCGAACUAGAGAGCCCAGACGAUGCUGUGGAUGCUUUUGGGCUCAACGUGUACUCCUGGUGCGAUCCAGAGUACCAUGAUGAGACAGGAGCUGUGAACUUCAGGUGGUCCCCCUACCAGGAGAUUGUUAGACAAUUUGGCUCCUUUUCAAAGCCCUUCCUGUUUACAGAGUUCGGCUGCAACAUCGGCAGCUUCAAGUGGGAGUGUCCCGACUACCAGGGUGGCCGGACGUGGAUUCAGCUGUCUGUUAUGGCCGACAGGAUGAUCGACUUCGUGAGUGGCGCAGUGGCCUUCGAAUUCUCGAUGGAGAACAAUGAGUUUGGCCUCGUGAUGACUCCGGGCUUCCUGAAAGGCCAGAACGACAUCAAACUCACGGACAGCUACUUUGCCUUGCAGCGGCAGUUUCGGCAGGACAUUGUGAAGAACAUGAGCCAGCAGCCCACGCCGAGGGAGAAGACCAAGUGCAUCUCGCGCGAGACAGCCUUUCAACUUCAGUACCGUCAACAUGUGGGUCAAGCCUCGGACUGGACGGUGCUGCCAGAAACCCCACUCUUCCCAGAGACCACGCUGUUGCCGUGA